ACACACACACGCCACACACCACACACACACACGCUCUCACACAGCAGAGUGUAGCUGAGAGACAGGGACUGCAGCAGCAUGCACCAGCCGCGUCUGAUCUGUGUGGUGACAUGAGGAAGAAGAACUGGGAAGAGGAUAUAGCGUAGCAGCGUCUUACACAACCCAACCCCCAUGCGUACGGUAGCUACGUCUCUGCUCUGCAGCAGUGGCAACGGUGCAUUUCAAGAGCGGACAGCUUAUGUUAUCUUCCCCCUCUGACUGCACUGCCUCUGCAUCCAUCCCAUUCACUCUGUUCCUCCCACUCCACCUCUUCCUCAUCCUCCCAACAACGGCAUCAUUAGGCAGGACUACAGACCGUCCGGGAUCACCAACGGCAAUCACUGGAUGCUCAGGUUUGCCCUCUCUGAAGGAGUCGUGGUGGAGAUGCUAAAUCAUCAUUACCUCCAUUAACAACCGGAUUCUAUUCUAGCUCAGGAGACAAGGAGAAGAAAAACCACCCCAAACAACGAAAAAGGAGUCUUAGAUGUUUGUGACGAUCUUUGUCGGCGCUGUUGGGUAGUUGAUUCGUUUCUUAUAUUUGCUUGAUUGUUUUUAUCUUCUCUGAGACUGGCUAGCAGGCACUGCAGCACCAGGAAGGACUGCAGGAGCCGUGAAGGGUAGGGCAUGAGGACCCAGGGGCGAGCCAGCGGAAGGGCUUGAGCUACCAUUGCUGCUGCCCCUGCUGCUGCUGAGGUGCUUAUCUUGAUUUUUUUUCUCCAGAAAGGGCGGCUGGUUGGGGUGGGUUGUGACAGUGCAGGUACUCAGGACCCUGCAGAGCGGAGUGGGUGGCUCUGGCAUAGAGGAGCCAGGCAGGGAGGCAGGACGUCCUGUGGGAAAGGAGGAGAGAAGAGAAGAAGAAGGGCUGGCUCAGGCUCGGGCCCCUGAUGGUGGCUAUUUUUAUCUCCCCUAGCUGAGUGAUUGGGGACAGCCGGUAAAGGGAAAGAUGCUUAUGGGUGCGGGACGAGACACGGCGCGGGAUGAGGCCCAGAAGCUUCACCGGAAAUGGCUGAAGCACCAGGCCUUCAUGACCGAGCUGGCCCGCAACAAAGAAUGGCUGGCCAAGAUAGAGCAGGAAGGUCAGGAACUGAUCGAUGAGAAGCCGGAGCUGCGUUCGGUGGUGCAGCAGAAGCUGGAGGAGAUCAGGGAGUGCUGGACGGACCUGGAGAGCACCACCAAGGCCAAGGCCCGGGCUCUGUUUGAGAACAACAAGCCAGAGCCGGUGGUGAAGAGCUACUCAGACCUGGACCACCAGCUCUCUGGCCUGGAGAAACAGCCCCCUCAGCUGGAGCAGGCUCACCAUCUGCCCACCUUCAAUGAGCAGCUGCAUAAAUUCCAGUCUCAGAUGGGGGACUUGUACAAGGACGUAGGGGAACUAGGGUCCCUCCAGGGGGUGUGCCUCCCCCAGCGAGGCAGCCUGGAGAAAGGCAGGGAAGGAGAAGGGGGCGAGCAGCCAGCUGUGGUGGAGACCCGCAUCGUGCGCCUCAUCGAGCCCCUGAAGGAGAGACGUCGCAUUCUGCUGGCCUCCAAGGAGAUGCAUCAGGUCGCCCAGGACCUGGAGGAAGAGAUACUGUGGAUCCAGGAGCGGCUUCCUCUGGCUUCCUCUAAGGAUUACGGCAACAACCUGCAGAGUGUUCAGCAGCAUGUCAAGAUCAACCAGACGCUGCAGAGGGAUCUGCAGGGUCGCCGGGCGCGGGUUGAGGAGGUGUUGGACCGGGCGGGGAUCAUCGCCUCUCUGCGGACCCCCGAGGUGGACUUUGUGCGCGAGGGGGCAGGGCACGUGCGUCAGCUUUGGGAGGUGCUGAGGCUAGAGGCGGAGAGGAGGACUGUGAUGCUGGAUGUGGUGCUGCAGGCCCAGCAGUAUUACAGCGAGGCGGCCAAAGUCGAGUCCUGGCUGGCAGGCCAGAAACUGCACCUCAUCAGCGAGGAGAAGGGUAUGGACGAAGCAAGCACCCUGCAGCUGCUGAAGGAGCACCUAGCCUUGGAGGCGAUGGUGGAGAACUACGCUGAGACAGUGGGCAUGCUCUCCCAGCAGUGUCAGAGGCAGCUGGAACUGGCACACCCAGACAGUGAUGGGAUCACCAAGCAGCAGUCCCACAUAGACCGUCUGUACGUGUCUCUGAAGGACAUGGUGGAGCACAGGAAGACCAAACUGGAGCAGCAGUAUUGGAUGUACCAGCUCAACAGAGAGGUGGAGGAGUUAGAGAAGUGGAUCACUGAGCGGGAGGCCGUUGCCAGCUCCACUGAGCUGGGCCAAGACCUGGAAGAUGUCACGAUGCUACAAGAAAAAUUCACCAAGUUCUGCUCAGAGACCAACAGCAUAGGCCAACAGAGGAUGGAGCAGGUGAAUAAGAUGGUGAACGAGAUGAUAGACUGCGGCCACACGGACGCAGCCACAAUCGCUGAGUGGAAGGAUGGACUGAACGAGUCAUGGGCUGACCUACUGGAGCUCAUGGAAACCCGAGGACAGAUGCUAACAGCAUCAUACCAGCUGCACAAGUUCUUCACCGACUGCAAAGAGGUCUUGGUUCAGAUUGCGGGGAAGAUGAGGCAACUACCAGAGGUGAGGGCGUGCCAAGCCAGCAUCGCCAACCCGGCCACGCUGCAGAGGCUCAUGCGCUCUUUUGAGCACGCCCUCCAGCUGCUUGUCACACAGGUAAGGCAGCUGCAGGAGAAUGCGGCCCAGCUGAGGGCCAUCUACGCCGGGGAAAAGGCAGAGGCCAUCAUGAGCAAGGAACAGGAAGUGAUGUCAGCAUGGAAGGAGUUGCUGGUUUCCUGUGAGGCCAGUCGCGUGCAGGUCACCUCGGUGACAGACAAGGUCCAGUUCUUCUCAGUGGUGCGUGAGCAUCUCAUGUGGAUGGAAGGCAUCAUGGGACAGAUUGGAGGGGACGACCCCAGGGAUUCGUCCUCUGCGGAGGUGAUGAUGAAACAACAUGGUGAGCUGAAAGCCAAGAUGGACGGCCGCAGUAAGACCCUACAACAGUGUGUUGAGCUGGGAAAGAUCCUGUUGGCCGCAGGCAACCCAGCAGCUGAGGAGAUAAAGGAUAAGUUGGACACACUCCUGGCUAAGCAGAAGGAUCUCUCUGAGAGAUGGGACAAACACCAGGAAAAGCUACAGCGCAAGAAGGAUCAGUUCCAGUAUGCCCAGGAGACGGUGACGGCGGAGGCCUGGCUGAAGGCCAAGGAGCCGCUAAUCAACUCUAGCUCCAACUCCAGGGAGGCUGGGGGUGCUGGAGGAGAGGCCCAGGCUCAGACUGACGAGGUGGAGCAGCUCAUCCUCCGCCACGAGGCCUUCCGUAAGGCUGCAGCUACCUGGAAGGAGCGCUUCAGCUCACUGAGACAGCUCUCCAAUGCAGAGAAGCUGAGAGAAGAACAGAGCAGCAAGCCUGCCCCAAUGCCACUCUCCAGUCGGAGGAUGUUCCCAUCAUCCUGCCUCACUCCGACCUUUCCCCUUGCUACCUCAACUCUGCUGAGGCAGACGGUCCAGCUGCAUAUUGAGCCCAGGCCCAAGCAGACUAGUCUGGGGAUGGCUGCCUCUGCCUCCACUGCAGCCCAGAGGUUGGGUUCUACCAUGGCCAGCUACACUCCUGUCAUGAAUGGCUCCAGUUACCAUGGACUGGACCAUCAGAGCAGCAGCGGGGGGUUGGAGAGUUCUAACUACCCUGGGCUAAACCAUCAGGCCUGUGGAGGUGUGGACAGCAGCUCCAGUUAUCUUGGAGUGAACCAUCAGACUGCCCCCCCGCCAGUGGAUAGUUCUGGCUACCUUGGACUGAACCAUCAAAGCAGUGGGGGUAUGGUUAGUCCAGGCUACCUACCUCAAAAUCAAAGUAGUGGGGGUAUGGGUAGUCCAGGUUAUCUGCCGCAAAAUCAAAGCAGUGGGGGUAUGGGUAGUCUAGGCUACCUGCCGCAAAAUCAAAGUAGUGGGGGUACGGGUAGUCAAGGCUACCUACCGCAAAAUCAAAGUAGUGGGGGUUUGGGUAGUUCAGGCUACCUGCCGCAAAAUCAAAGUAUUGGGGGUAUAGUUAGUCCAGGCUACCUUGCGCAAAAUCAACACAGUGGUGGUAUGGGUAGCUCAGGCUACCUUGCACAAAAUCUAAGUAGUGGGAGUAUGGGUAGUUCAGGCUACCUGGCUCAAAACCAUCAAAGCAGUGGUGGUAUGGGUAGUUCAGGCUACCUGGCUCAAAACCAAGGUAGUGGGGUUAUGGGUAGUUCAGGCUUCCUUGCGCAAAACCAAUGUAGUGGAAUUAUGGGUAGUUCAGGGUACCUUGCGCAAAAUCAAAAUAGUGGGGGUAUGGGUAGCUCAGGCUACCUUGCACAAAAUCUAAGUAGUGGGGGUAUGGGUAGUUCAGGCUACAUUGCACAAAACCAAGGUAGUGGGUGUAUGGGUAGUUCAGGGUACCUUGCGCAAAUCCAAGGUAGUGGAGGUAUGGGUAGUUCUAGCUAUCUGCCUCAAAGUGGUGGGGUCAUGGACCCCAAAAUGGCAUAUGCGUGGCAGCAUCUGAAAGCCGACUGCAUGCAGCCCAGGAUCAACCAUAUCCACAAGGCUGUCAACCCCCUCCUGGAGGCCAGCAGGGCGCAGAGGGAACAGUUUGGGGACAUCCCCAUGGUAGACAUGAUCGGACCAGAGUCCGGCCUGGAGCUCCUCCAUGGAAGGCUUCAAAGGGACCCCCGCGGCAGCCGCUCCGACCCCCAGAUGGACCACCUGCGGCGGGAGAGGGAGUACAAGCUGGGCCGCCAGACCUCCAGCGAACAGGAGAUCCAGGCGCGGCUCAACGAGCUGCCAAUGAUCGUGCGUCAGGAGCGCUAUAGGCGACGCCUGGAGAGGCAGUCGUCCAGCGAGCAGGAGGGCAGUGGGAAGGCGAGGACACCAAGGCAGGACGACUCCAGCGACAUGGAGUCAGCCAAGGAAGGCUCUGACAAACGCUCAACAGAGAAGAGAGCCACCACAAUGGCUGAGAUUGUGGAGCAGGCCCAGGAGAGAGAGGCAGCACAAGCCAGAGGGGAGACGUACCGCCCCACCAGCAGCCUCUCAGCACCCGUGACCUACGAGCGCCCGCGUGCCCGAGACCGCCCCAAACCCCGCAGGAGACCCCGCCCCAAAGAGCUUGAGGAGAAGCGACGCUCUCGCUCGGCUCCAGCCCAGAGUCCGGCGCAACUCUUGCCGCCCUCACACACUGCCCAUAACGAAGGCUUCCUGUACCGCAAACACGACUUUGAGGGCCAGCAAAAGAGUCCCAGCAGUAAGUCGUGGGUGAACUUGUAUUGCGUGUUGUCAAAAGGAGAGAUCAUUUUCUACAAGGACGCCAAGAGCAUCACCACACCUUACAAUGAAGAAACCCCACUCGACCUGAGCGUCUGUAUAUGUGAUAGCACCAUGGGAUACAAGAAGAAGAAAAAUGUCUUCGUUAUCAAGAAAAAUGAUGGCAAUGACUAUAUUUUCCAUGCAAAGGAUGAGGAGGACCUGAAGGCAUGGGUCACUAACAUCACCACCAGUAUAACUGAACACGAGGAGAUCGCCAAGUGGGACAAACCCACGACCUCGUCCACAGAUCCCGACCGCUCAGAGAGGAAAGAGAAGUCAGAGGGUGACGCAGAUGCCAGGUCAGAGAGAUCUGAGAUGGGAGGAGAGGUGGAGGAGGAAGAGAGGUCUGAGAAGGGAGAGGGGUCCGAGAAGACAGGCGAGGGCUCCGAGAAGGCAGACACGUCGGAGAGGGGUGAGAUGGCAGAGGGAGGGGCAGGAGGCUCCAGCACGUCAGGGAAGAGCAAAUGAUCCCCACUAAGUGGAGGAGUGGACUGCAUCCAACCAUCUGCCCACUCCAUCCUAACAUUACCCUAAGACACCAGACGGUGGUGAGCAGGCGAGACGGAGGGAGAGUGUGUGCAUUUUUGUGCAUAUCUUCUCUCUCUUUCUCUCUCUCUCUCUAUAUCUCUCUGUCUCUCUCUCUCCCUGUGACAUCCUGAGGCUUGUGUCCUUGGACUACCUAAUGUUAACUGUGACAGACUGAUCUUUCAGCCCCUAUCCCAGGCAAAAUACAUCAAUGCUUGUAUUGCAUUUUGGCCCUUGCUGGUAGGUUGGAGGAUGGUGGAGAUGAACCAGCGCCACCGUGUGGUCACAGGCAUUCGUCACAGUCACAACUCAUUGAUAAUUUAUCUCUUGGAUUCACAGCAUCUCUCAGUAUAUAUAUAUAUAUAAUAUACCUAUGACUGACUAUGUAAUGCUCUAGAAAAACCCAAGCAAUGGUGAAUGAAAUGUCUCACAAUAUUUUGAAAACGCUUUUUUUCUGAAGCAAUAUACUUUUUUAUUUCUUCUCUAUGUUUGAGAGAGAGGGAAAGGAGACAAGAAACAGUUACUUAUUGUUAAUUAUAUGAUUGGUCACAUUCAUCAUCAGCUUGUUUCCAGCAGGUCAGCAGCACCUUAAACACUUUCAACACAUCUGUGUAUACUCAGCAUAUUGACAUUUCAAACUCACCUCAUCUCUAUAUCUGAGUCAUGCUGUCAUGAUGGAAUGCUGGUAUUACCUAUGUGUGUUAAUAAUGGAAUUGAUCAACACACGUGUUUCUCUUCUGAACAUUUGGAUUAAUCGUGCACAGGCCCAGGGCAUGCCAGGAAUAAAGGUGAACUAGGGUUGCCGACGUAAGCAAAACUCAAUCACCCCCAAGAGUCUAUUUGAGGAGGCAAUGCCAAACUUAACCCACUUGUAGUGCCAGGCCUGUGUCUACAUCUCACUUAUUAAAUCUAACCAUCCAUGGCAUGACAUUGUAUAGUGCACCUUUUACUUUAAUGAAAAGUAAUGUUCUUCAUGGUCUUGAAGUUAACCAGUUCUGAAAUGAAUUUGGCUGUGCAAUAAUUUAAUCUAAAGGAAAGUACUGUGUAUAAUGCUAACAUCAUGGUAUAAUUCUGGAAUCCUGAAGAACGUUCUAAAGGCUUCUCUUCGGGGAUCUUAAACUCUCCCCACAUGAAGUAUGGUGAUAGGAAGAUAUGUUUUAAUGACAGAGCAGAGAAAGUUCCCCACAUUACAAGCCCAAGUCAGACAUCCUUCAUGCUUCUUUCAAAUUCUAUUUGAUCUGAGACAAGAAGCAGUAUAACUUCAUUGCUGUUAUUAUUGUAUUACUGCAAUAUAUUUCAUAAGGAUUGUAAUUGUUGCACUAGUGAAAAUACAAUAGUAACAUCAAUAUUAGAUGAACCUCAGAGUAUUUUAUUAACUACUUCUCCCUCCCUGUUUUCUUUCACUCUGAGUUGAAACCAAUAGUCAUGAAAUUGUACAUAAGCUACAUGGCCAAAGGUAUGUGGACAAAGGCUCCUGAGUGGUGCAGUGGUCUAAGGCACUGCAUCUCAGUGCUAGAGGUGUCACUACAGACCCUGGCUCAAUUCCAGGCUGUAUUACAACUGGCAGUGAUUGGGAGUCCCAUAGAGCGGCGCACAAUUGGUCCAGCGUUGUCCGGGUUAGGGUUUGGCUGGGGUAGGCCAUCAUUAUAAAUAAGAAUUUGUUCUUGACUGACUUGCCAAGUUAAAUAAAAGGUUAAAUAAAUAAAACUGCUCGUUGAACAUCUCAUUCCAAAAUCAUGGGCAUUAAUACGAAGUUGGUCCCCUUUUUGCUGCUAUAACAGCCUCCACGCUUCUGAGAAGGCUUUUCAGUAGAUUGCAGAGGUUACUUACAUCUAUUCAGCCACAAGAGCAUUUGUGAGGCCUGGCUCGCAGUCAGCUUUCCAACUCAUCCCAAAGGUGUUCGAUGGGGUUGAGGUCAGGGCUCUCUCUGUGCAGGCCAGUCAUGUUCUUCCACAAUGAUCUUAACAAACCAUUUCUGUAUGGACCUUGUUUUGUGCACGGGGGCAUUAUCAUGCUGAAACAGGAAAGGGCCUUCCCCAAACUAUUGCCACAAAGUUGGAAGCCCAGACUUGUCUACAAUGUCAUUGUAUGCUGUAGCGUUAAGAUUUCCCUUCACUAGAACGAAAGGGCCUAGCAUGAACCGUGAAAAACAGCCCCAGACCAUUAUUCUUCCUCCACCAAACUUUACAGUUGGCAAUAUGCAUUGGGGCAGGUAGCGUUCUCCUGACAUCCGCCAAACCCCAAUUUGUACGUCGGACUGCCAGAUGGUGAAGCGAGUCCAAUGGCGAACUUUACACCACUCCAGCCGACGCUUUGUAUUGCGCAUGGUGAUCUUAGACUUGUGUGCGACUCCUCCGCCAUGGAAACCCAUUUAAUGAAGCUUAAUGAAGUUAUUUCAUUUAAUGAAGUUAUUGUGCUGACUGCAUCCAGAGGCAGUUUGGAACUCGGUAACAGACAGACGAUUUUUACGCACUACGCGCUUCAGCAUUCGACAGUCCCAUUCUGUUAGCUUGUGUAGCCUACCACUUCGCGGCUGAGCCAUUGUUGCUCCUAGACGUUUCCAAUUCACAAUAACAGCCCUCACAGUUUACCGGGGCAGCUCUAGCAGGGCAAAAAUUAGACAAACUGACUUGUUGCAAAGGUGGCAUCCUAUGAUGGUGCCACCUUGAAAGUCACUGAGCUCUUCAGCAUGGGCCAUUCUACUGCCAAUGUUUGUCUAUGGAGAUUGCAUAGCUGUGUGCUGGAUUUUAUACACCUGUCAGCAACAGGUGUUGCUGAAAUAGCCGGAUCCCCUAAUUAUCAAGGGGUGUCCAGUGUCCACAUACUUUUGGACAUGUAGUGUAUCUUUGAAUGUUUACCAAUAAAUUCUAUACUCUAAUUAACGGAGUUCUAUGUACUGAAGUGGGUUAAGGUUAAAACAUUUCUCUUAACUCCACACAAAUGAAAUGGGGAAAACUCAUCAGUCAAUUACGAUAUUACUGUUUAUUCCAUUUAAAUGAAAAUAUGCAGAUUAGGAGUCAUCUUUCAAAGGAUAUAUACACCGAUAUCUAGUUACAUUUUACACUUUACAAGGGAAAAGAGUGCUGGACAGGUACAUUUGUUGUGUAUUUAUAAAUGUGCGUAUUUCAAUGAACUGAUCAUACGGACUUGAUACAGACAGUUUUUUCUAUUAGUAGCUGAAUCCAGUCAGGCAAGUGAAAUAUUAUAAGAACAGUCCUGUUGCGAGGGAUAGGUCUACAGACCAUUUACUUGAACGGGUUAAAUGGCUUGAAUGAUAACAAAGAACUUGGUAGACUAAAUGCUACUGUAGUUUAUUUGUUAACUCUGGAGCUGAUCAGUCUGGUAUCCAGGCUACACACGUUUUAGCUGUGACUCUUGGGCUGUGACUUCAAUGCUAAAUACAACCAUACAUCCCACAAUUUUUUUUUUGCUUAAGCCUCGGUCAUAUUGGAUGAUUAAUUAUAAACAUAUUGACAAGAACAUUCAUAAACACAAAGAAAAUGUAAGGUUAGUUAGUACUGUACAACUCAUAAACUUCAACAGCCAGCAUAGUUUGACAUUUGGUCGACUGUGUUUAUUUUUUAUGUCACUCUGAACUUCCAAGUUUCAAAUGGGCCACUUUUUACAGAUAUGUUCUAUCUGAUUCCCAAAAUGCCCCAUAUCAUGGACCUGCCAAAUCAAACAUUACUGCUGAAACUGGUUUGUGUGUAAUGUAGUAUUAGUUAUAACCAAAUAUAUAAAACAUUACUGCUGAAACUGGUUUGUGUGUAAUGUAGUAUUAGUUAUAACCAAAUAUAUAAAACAUUACUGUUGAAACUGGUUUGUGUGUAAUGUAGUAUUAGUUAUAACCAAAUAUAUAAACCAAAUAUAAAAAGUACAACCUUAUCAAGCCUUAUCCCCAAAACAAUGGAAACCAGUAUUUUGAAAAUGAAUUAAUUUAACAAAAGACACAAUACAGACUGUUCCAUUUGACUCAGGAUGCAAAUACUGGCACUUAUUGCCUUUGGCAUUAAAGUGUUAUGACACACACAACAGUCAGGACUCUAACUGCAGCUUGUUGAUUAGACGCAGUUAACUUAUUGGUAACACUUGAAAAUGUCACAAUAUAUGUGUUAUGUCCUCUAUCACAACAUGGGAAAGAAACUUUUGCGAAACUGUCAAUUACAGUAUAACAACAAACUGUCUAUUGUAGGUGGUUAUUAUAGGUACCACACCCUUCUAUAUUACAGACUUUAAAAACUAAUGGUACCUAAAAUUGUCAUCUAUUUGUAGGCCUAUAGCCAGUUGUUUUUAGUGUAACCUACUCCUCCGGAAUUGAGCCUUUCAUUGCAAUCUUUAUUGGUUAGUUAAACACUAGUAGCUGUUUCUUUUAUUCUCCUCUGUGGAAGGAAAGAGAGGCUCUACUUUGCACAUGAUGUAUAGUUCCUCCAAUAUAAUUAUAACGAUAAUUAUAUGGAUGUAAUUCUAUUCAUUCCAAUUCUAUGGUUUCUCCAUCUCCAUUCUUAUCAGAGAAAUCCCCAAAUCCCCAUCCCCAUCGAUUCCGCCUGCACUGAUGAGCGUUGCGUUUGGAGUGACACGAUCUGACGUUAGACAAUGAGAAAUCCUGUCACUUCAUGAAUAAAACAGGUUAAUGAUACUACAGUACCUACCAAACAAACAAAAAUACUACAAAACCUACUAAACCCACAGAAACAAAGCUCUUGACCUCAUUGCUGGUGAGAAGUGUUUUUGUGAUUUUGUGUUUUUGUGUUUUUCUUGUCUCAGAUACAGUGUACCUUAAUGAUACCUAUACUUUGCUGCUAUGACAUUUUCUCUAUGUAAACCUCCUUACUUGCUGAUGCAAAAUUGACAUGAACAUUGAUGUAUGCUUGACACAGAGGUGUUAAGCCAAGAUUUUUUCUAAAAGUCAACAUCAACCAUCCUCCACAGAUCACUAGACACAUGAUGCAUUCUAUAUAGUGGUGGGAGUGAUUAAGAAAUUCCUGACGUUGCAGCCAUUCACAGUGUAUAAAAAUCAAGUCAAUUUACUUGAUUGACUAGAGAAAGUUAAGAGAUUCCUGUGUAAGGGAUUAAACUCAGUAUAAAUAAAUAAACAAAAGAGAGUACAAUUUUUGAGAUAAGCUUUCAUAAAGGUCCAUUAUCAUGAUUUUGAGGGGGUAUACAUACUGUCAUUAUAAUACCUCAUGCCAUAAUCACCAAUUAGCAUAGGAAAACAUUUAUUAGAAUUCAUGGACUUAAACCAUAUGACCAGCUAUGAGCUCCAUGCUCCAAUCUCCACUUCUUUAAUGCCUUUGUGCAUUUAACACAUGGAGCAAAAUGUCAUGUGUCAUGAUGAUGCACUUAUAUAGGCAUAAUGACACAGUUAUGCGUACACUUUCAACUAAAGUAUUCCCUGUAUUUAACUAAGUCAUUUGAUUUAUUUUUUGUAAGAAGAAAAAUGCUGUCAGUGUCUUCCACACCUUGUAGUAUUCAUAAUGCCAUCUGGGGAUAGUAACAUAACCACAUAGCUCUGAUAACCUAAGUGAUUAAGUCAGUGAUGGAUGUCAACUGAAGGGCUGGUCUUUAAAAAAAAAAAAGGUUUCUGUUUAGAGUUAAUAACGCUUCAGAUCAUUAAGCUUGAAAUCUUUGCUUGGUACAAAAUAAAAAUGUUUUAGCCCUCUAAUAGCAGAUCAGUGAAAGGCUGAAACGCAGCAGUGCUACCCGCAGUUUUCAAGAUGUGCAAGUGGAAACAUGAAUAAUUGAUGAUGUGGAAGAAGAAAUGUCAUGCAACUUUUGUUUUGCACUAAAGCACUGCCCCAUUGCACAGUGUAAAAUGCUAGUGGUGACGCAGGGUCUAUAAGAAAUAUACAUGUAUACAGUAUUGCACAAAGUCUGCACAACUCAAUGUAAGUAUUUUAAGAAUGUACAUUUUAAUUCUGAUUUGUUUAUUAAAUAGACUGGAGUAACAUCUGCCAAUAUCUGUCUGUUGAAAUAUGAAACAUAUUGUCUCAUAAACUCUGUUCAUCCCUUAA